UUCUCAAAAACACUGGCAGCCCAUACAUCCGGUUUCUCUUGAGUGAGUUAAUUUCCUGUUCCAGUUUCACGGUGUAUUUCUCAAACUGCAGCUGCAGUGCCUUCUCGGGUGGCGUUUUUUUAUUCUCUGCAGCAUGAUGAGCGCGGUGCAGAUGUUGCUGUGGGCCUGGAUUAUCCUGGAAUCAGGGUUGUGUUCGGACUUGCUGCCAGAGAUCACUGAUGGGAAGUUCAUUGAAGAAUGUGUGAGGGAACACAACAGGGCGAGGUCGGCCGUCGAUCCGCCUGCGAGUGAUAUGCUGUACAUGACAUGGGAUGAGGGCUUGGCCAUUACUGCAAGAGCGUGGGCAAGGCACUGUGUGUUUAAACACAACAUCUACAGCGGAGUUGUCCGCCGCAUGCACCCUACCUUCUCCUCUGUAGGGGAGAACAUAUGGGCAGCCUACCCACCAUCGUAUUUCAAUGUGGCACGGGCCAUGAAAAGUUGGGUGGAGGAAGAAGAACAACAUUACGACUUCAACGCCAACACCUGCACAAAAGUCUGUGGACACUACACUCAGGUCGUGUGGGCGAGCAGCUACAAGGUCGGUUGUGCCGUCCAGCUGUGCCCAAACGGUGUCAAAGAGACAAACUUUGCUUCUAAAGAGGGUGUCAUUUUUGUAUGCAACUAUGCUACAGCGGGUAAUGUGAACAGAAGGCGACCGUAUAAUAAUCAAGGGGCAGGCUGCUCUGGAUGUAAAGACACCUGUGAGGAGAAACUCUGCCGAAGCCAAGAACGAGAUUCACCGAAAAGUUACAACUGGACCCCAGACUGGGACCCUGCUCCAAGUCACAACUCUGCCACGGCUCCCAGCGGCUACAGCUAUGUGACUAUUCUGGCAGUCCGGCCCAUUGCCCUCGUCUUCACCUUCAUCACAGCGUAUGCAGUCCACCACUUUUAUCCCGAUGUCUUCUGCUAUGAAUAGACCACCUGCAGUGAUCUGAAGGACAUGGACUAAUUCAGCUAGUGCUAAGAUGAAGGUGCAAGUUUAAUUAAACGUACAUACAUAACAAUA